AUGAGAAUCGCCAUCGAAAGCAUCGAGACUCAGUGGGAGCUAGCUACGAAGAACCGAUUCCUGCGAAAAAUGCAAAGUGCGAAUCCCCGCCGAUCGAAGAGGUUGAAACUAAAAGAGCAGAAGUGGCGAGAUAAGGUCGAUGAAAUAUCCCACUUCGCAUUAUUAGUUGAAAAUAUCACGAAAACCGCGCCUAAGGUUGGUAACCCAAAUCCGAUCCCUCGUACGUACGAAGAGGCCAUUAACGACCCGGUCUAUGGACCUGAGUGGAAGAAGGCUAUCCGAUCAGAAUUUUGGUCGCUUCUUAUUAACGGCUCCUUUCGCGAGACCCACGCGCCCGACGGCGUUAAUAGUGUCACCGCGAAAUGGGUUUUUGCAGUCGGGUCGUCUACCAGCGGCAGCACUGGUGCCGGGGAUCCCGACGUCCUCGUGAUUGUGCUGGGUGCCGUAGACCCUUUGGUAUGGGCGGCGCUCAGCCAAUUAGAUACGUACUAUCCUGAGGUUGUUGUUGGUGCGUUCCGCGAUGUCUUUGGUGAGGUCCUCAACGGAGGGAGCCUCUUGUACCUGUCUGACCAGUUCAAUUACCGCAUCCAGGAAGGGCUGGGACACGCCCUUUGGCGGGCCGUGUGA